AUGUUUUAUUUCCAUUGCCCACCGCAGCUGGAGGUAGGAUCUGCUCCUUUUGGGGCUCACUCUGCUGCUGAAUUUGACGAUGGAUUUCUACGCAGGAAACAAAGGAGGAACAGAACAACCUUCACCUUGCAACAGCUGGAAGCCUUAGAAGCUGUUUUUGCUCAGACACAUUAUCCAGAUGUAUUUACCAGAGAAGAGCUUGCAAUGAAAAUUAACCUUACAGAAGCCAGAGUACAGGUAUGGUUCCAGAAUCGGCGGGCAAAGUGGAGAAAAACUGAACGGGGCAGCUGUGAGCAGGAAGGGACAAAAGAAACAUCAGAUAUGACCUCUCCUAGCAUAAAUCUUAGCUCACCUUCAUCUGGAGAAUCUACAAGGAACAAAAAGGAAAGCUUGGAUUCACAGCAGAGGUGUAUGUCACAUGAGAGAACAGUGGGCCCAGCCACAUCCUUCUUCCCAUCCUGUUUGCCCGGAGCUCUCCUUAACACGGCCAGCUAUGCCCAGGCUCUGUCACAUGUGGCUUCUCUGAAAGGAGCCCCUCUUUGUUCUUGUUGUGUGUCUGAUCCUCUGGCUCUCUCCUUCCUGCCACCAUAUAGCUGUCAAAGUCAUCGCACAGCCAGUGUGGCUGCUCUUCGAAUGAAGGCAAGAGAGCACUCUGAGGCUGUGCUUCAGUCUGCACAAUUGCUGCCUCCACCAGGGAAUAGCUCAGGGUCCCCAACAACUACAUCACUAGAGAGUGGGCAAGAAAGAGCCCCACAGGAGCAAGAACAGAAAAUUAAUGAAAAGGGUGUAUGAGACAUCUCGCCUAAAAUACAUGUGGAAAAUAAGUGAGGACCUUGACUUAUUGACACUCGCAUUAUGGGGCAACUGGACCAAAGUAUGUGUCAGCUGAAAGAUGAAUAUCUUAUGCCACUUCUUCCGCCAGCUAUUAAGACUGGAUAUGUUCCUCUUUGGAAACCAUAGCAUGAUGGACUGAGAACCAGUGAGCUCUAUUUAUUAAGUCUGUUUAUAUAUUUAUGUUUCAAAGUGUUUUUUGUGUGUGUGUGGAUAUUUUGCAUUAUGUGUAACAGCAUGAUUGAUUAAACCUCCAUGUGUUGAAAGACUGUACGUUGUGAACACAAGAGCUAUUUUGCCAUCAUUCUGAAGAGCUUUGCAUUAAUUAUAUAGUCAUUUUAUUUGAAGAUAACUAUUGCAUUGAUUAAUCCUGUCAAUGCAGCAG